GACCGCACGCGCUUCGAACAGCUAACUAUGAGCCGCUUCCCGCCUGGACCUAUGAGCUGGAAGGAGGAGAGAGGGGACAAGCUGGAGAUCAACGAAGCUGUCGGCAAGCUGCUGCAGUCCUUCAACUAUGACACCAUCGUGGCUCAGCCUUCCAAGGGCGGUGGAUGUUCGAGGCGCGCGCACGUGAAGCGGCCGAUGAACGCGUUCAUGGUGUUCGCGCAGGCGAUGCGCCGCCGCCUGUCCGAGCAGCGGCCCAGCCUCCACAACGCAGAGCUCAGCAAGUCCCUCGGAUCCAUGUGGAAGAACUUAAGCGACGACGAGAAGCUACCGUUCAUUAAGGAGGCAGAGAAAUUAAGAACGGAGCAUAAACGUGAGCAUCCCGAUUACAAAUACCAGCCCCGCAGGCGCAAACCGCCCCCGGCGACUGCGCGACUCAAGCGUGAACCCUCGCCUGAGCGCUCCCAAAUAGACUUCUCCCGUAUCGAAGUAGACGGGGCUUUACUCGCAGACGGGCCGUUAGAUGGUGCCGAGCUGGACCAGUAUCUCAAGCCAGCCCAAACGCCGGACUACCACGAGAUGCAGCCCCGCUACAUCCCACAUACCCUGCCGAGUCACCCGCCGCCGCUGUAUAGCCCAGUACCACCGCACAUACACCCGCCUUGCACGGACUGGCAGUUCUACGCGGGGCAUCCAUGAGUUGCGAGUUUUCAUCAAAUGUGUCUUAGACGGUAGAGUCGAUAUUUUGACAAUUAUUUUUAUAGUAAAGUUUUCAAAAAUGGGGUAUUAUGUUCGUCGGGUUUCAUAUAUGAGGUUUUUCAAUGAAUAAGUAGUAUGAGCGGCAGAUUACAUAAUACAUAAUAUC